AUGGUGGACACAUGCAGCUCGUCCCACUUUACACAGAUUUUUUUCUUCCUUUCUCAUCCCCACCCUUCAACGCCAACCACAACAGUCAGAGCCCCCAGGGCGAACUACACCAUAGUGGGAGAAGCUUUACGUUAUGUCGUCCCUGCACAUAUGCAAUGCUCACUCGGCUGUGGAGGUCCAGACUGCAAGUAUGACAACCCGAGUCACUGGAGCGACGACCAACAAGCUAUAAAAGGCCUCUACUCGUCCUGGGUCACUGAUUAUCUUCUUGCCAUGUCCAGACCCUCGACAGAAAUCAUUGAGAAAUAUAACAUUAUUGAUCAAUUCAGAAGGAACGGUAUUAAAACAGUGAUCAACCUACAGAUACCUGGCGAACAUGCCAGCUGUGGAAACCCUCUGGAGCCGGAGAGCGGCUUCUCAUACCGCCCAGAGGCUUUCAUGGAGAACAACAUCUACUUCUACAAUUUUGGCUGGAGUGACUAUGGCGUGGCCAGUCUCACCACCAUGCUGGACAUGGUGAAGGUCAUGGCCUUCGCGUUGCAGGAGGGAAAGACGGCGGUUCACUGUCACGCUGGUCUCGGCCGAACAGGUGUGCUGUUAGCGUGCUUCUUGGCCUACACUACCAGAAUGACAGCGAACCAGGCCAUUUUGUACGUGCGUGCCAAGCGCCCCGGUUCCAUCCAGACCAGAGGUCAGCUGGGUUGUGUCAGGGACUUUGUGCAGUUCCUCGCCCCUCUGAGGAGUGUGUUUUCCUGUGCAGAGCUUCAAUCCAACCCAGUCACACUGUCCCAGUACCUGAACCGUCAGAGACACAUCCUGCAUGGCUGCGAGAGGAAGGAGCUGAGGCAUCUUCCAAAGAUUGUCCAGCUCGUGUCACGACUGCUGAUGGACAUUUCAGAGAAUCGACAGGUGAUCGAGGAAGACAUUCUGGAGGCCCCUGAUAGUCAUGACAUAGAGAUGACCCUCAGCGUCAUUGAGAAGCUGGGUCCUCGGUUGUUUGCGAAGGAACCCCGCUUACCAGGUACGCCCACCUUACCCAGACAUUUCCACGAACCACCCAUCUUCUACCACCGCAAAAGUCUGAGCUACAGUGAGUCCGACUUGAGACGACUGGGCUCAGAGCUCAAUCUUCUCACGCAGCCUCUCGGAUCCCUGUCCCAGGAUAAUGUUGAAAUGGCUGCCGCAUCCCAGUGUGGAGGUUGGAAUAGCAACACAUCUGAAGCCUCACACGGCUCAACGGGCUCACUGUGGCAAAUCAAGAAUGUAGAAAACCAAGACGGAUGCAUAUUGUUGGACAAAGUGAAGCGGAAAUCCAUCCAACGUAGUGAGUCCAUGGACAACCACGGACGUACUAAAAAGGACAACAUGUUGUCCAGAUGGAAGGCAGAGCAGAGGGAAGAGGUGAAUGGGUCUCGAGGUAAAAAGGAAGAACACUCGGAGAAGUCUGAGGUUCCCUUCAUCACCCUGCAGACAGAGUUGUCCCUGGAAAGCAGGAGGCUGCUGGUGGCACAGGCGCUGGCAGUGGACCUUUUCCUCGAUGGGAGGGAAGAGCACAAGAGCAGAGUCUUAGCCUGGCAGGCGGAGCUGAACCAGGGCGGUGCAUGGGAAAGGCUGUGUAUGGAGCGGGAUCCCUUCAUCCUCACUGGGCUCAUGUGGUCAUGGCUGGAGCAGCUCAAAGAGCCGGUCAUCUCCAUUCAGGAAGCCAAAGGCCUGAACCCCGACCACACCGAUCCUCAAACUGUCUUCGACACACUCGACCAGGCUCCUAGAGAAACAGUGAUGUGCAUACUAGACUGCAUGGCUCACAUGCUGAUGAUACCAGAAGAGGUUGAAGACGCUUUCCUGAAUCGUACGGUCAAGGCUUUCACCUGGUUGGAAUGGGACUCGGAGGAGGGGAGAAAAGUGUACGAGUCCAUGACUUCAGUCCUAAGGCGAGUCCUUGAAGACAGAUAUUUGAACAUCUUCGACACAGAUCGGGCACCUUUGUCUCCCUUCUCUUUAACGUAGGAAUGUGUUUGUGGUGCAUUGCAUGAAAGAGACACGGAUGAUUUUGUGCCUUGUGACAAAAUUAUUGAAUAUUUACUCAUAUAUUUUUUAUGUGGGCUGUAUACAAACAUAUAUGGUAUGUAGUUUACAGCCACCAGGACAUUACUUACUUGCCUCAGUAUUAUUUUACGUCGGUAGUGAGUGGAGGCAACA